AUGUCUAUCAUUUCUGAUGACGUCAAAGCUGCCCUUCUCGAAGUAAACAGAACACAGGAUCCGGCAGGACUCCUCAUUCUUUGCGUAUGGCGCCGUUACUUCUCUCCCAUCAGCGACAUCCCCGGCCCUUUUGCCGCCAGCUUCACCCGACUAUGGCACGUCAAGCGCAUCCUCAACGAAAAUCAGAACCUCGACCUCAUCAGUCUGCACGAUAAGCAUGGCUACUUCGUCCGCAUAGCCCCCAACGAAGUCUCCGUCAGCCACCCCUCCGCCGUGCGGAAGAUCCUCGCCGCCCCCCUCCACAAAGGCUCCUGGUACAAAGUCAUCGCCUUUCCCGACGGCCGCUUCGCAAACCCCAUGUCCGAGACCGACCCGGCCAUCAAGAACGAACUCUCUCGGCACCUAGCCCCGGCCUACACCUCACCCAACCUGCUCCGGUCCGAGCCCAACAUCACGCAGACCUUAUCUCUCCUCUUCUCCUGGCUCGACAAGCACUCCACCUCGGGCGCGCCCAUCGACCUCGACAAGUUCUUCACCUUCGCCACCUCGGACGUGAUCGGCGAGGUGCUGUUCUCCAAGCAAUUCGGCUUCCUGCAAACGGGCACCGACAUCGAUUCCACCAUUGCCAACGCCCACCCACAAGCCGCAUACGUCUCGAUCGCCGGGUUUUUCCGCUGGUUCCACGUCCUGUUCCUGAGCAGCCUCCUCAUCACCUGGCUAGGCGUCACGCCCUGGGGCCACCUGAUCAACACGGCCAUGGCGGCCAUCAAGAAGAGACAGCUCAACCCGGACGCCCGGUCUUGCGACGCGCUCGCCCACUGGCUGCGCAUGCUGGAGCAGCACAAGCAGGACGGGGGCAAAAUGCAGGAACACAAAGUGCACAGCGCGGCUUUCAACGCCGUGGCGGCGGGCAACGAGACGGUCGCGGCCGCGUUGCAGGCUUUUGUGUAUUACAUGAUUCGGCAUCCUGAUGCCUGGAGGAGGGCGCGCGAGGAGAUUGAUGCCGCUGGUCUUGCGGGCGAGGUUAGUUACGCGGACGGGAUGAAGUUGUCGUUUCUGCAAGCGUGCAUCAAGGAGGCGUUGCGGAUUUUCGGGCCGGCGUCGAUGGGUUUGCCGCGGGUGGUGCCGAAGGGAGGGUUGACGAUCGGGGACAGGACGCUGCCGGAGGGGACGACGGUUAGUGUGAAUAUCUGGAUGGUUCACUACUCGAAGGAGAUCUGGGGAGAGGAUGCCAGGGAGUAUAACCCCGAUAGAUGGUUUCGGGAGGGCGCGGCGGGCUUGGAGAAGUAUUUCAUCCCGUGGGGAAUGGGGUAUGCGUCGUGCCCGGGACAGAACAUUGCAAAGAUCGAGCUGUCCAAGAUUUGCGUGACGCUGGUGAAGGAUUAUGAGUUUAAGCAGGUCGAUCCGAAGCAGGAGUGGACGUGGAAGGCGAACUUUACUGUUACGCCGGAGAACUGGCCUUGUUUUGUGAAGAAGAGGGUGGUGGAGUAA